AUGAGAGAAGAUGGUUGGGAUGAUUUCAUUAUGAAGGUUGAAUCAUUUUGUUGUGAGCAUGAUAUUAUUAUGCCGGAUACGUCUGCUCCUUACAAGAAAGGUACAAGGGCUUGUGAACAAGGUAUUACAAAUGAGCAUUAUUAUCGGGUCCAUAUACUAAAUGUUGUGAUAGACUUUCAGUUGGCAGAGCUGGAUAGUAGAUUUAUAGAUAAUUCAUUAGAGCUCCUUGUUCUUAGUGCUACAUUUGAUCCACGUGAUAAUUUUUUAUCAUUCAAAUCUGAAGAUGUUUGCAAUCUUGCUUUGAAGUUUUAUCCUCAAGAUUUUACAUCAUAUGAUAUGCUUGCUCUAGAUAUGGAGUGUGGGUUUUUUGUAACAGAUAUUCAGAGGGAUCCAAGAUUUGCCAAGACAACUUCUGUGUCUGAUUUAUGUAGGCGGUUAGUUGAAUCUAGAAAGUCAUCAUUCUUUCCUAUGAUUUAUAGGUUGAUUUGUCUUGUGUUGACUCUGCCAGUUUCUACAGCAACAACAGAGAGAGCAUUUUCAUCUAUGAAUAUCAUAAAAAACAAAUUUCAAAAUAAGAUUGAAGAUGAGUUUCUUGAUGAAUUGAUGGUUCUCUACAUUGAAAAGGAGUUCGCCGAUAGUAUUGAUAAUGAUUCUGUGAUUGCUGAGUUUGAAGUAAGUGGGCCUCGGAGGGUACGAUUCAGUUAG